GCGUGAAGUAUGCAUUGUCACUGCGUUUUAUUGUUUGUUUUAGUUGAACGAUAAUGAACAUUUCAAUGAUCAUUUCUGGAAGUUAAUGACUGAGAUAAAGGACCGGGGGCUGUUCCCUGCGGUGCCCCACGGGUGAUACCAAGCAUUUCUGUGUGUCGCCUGGAUGAACAGGUUGGAUGCGGGUCCAGUGUGGAAAUAAAACCCUCCUCUCCCCCAACUCUGUGUUUAUUUAUUUUAUCACUAAUGGUUUGUCCUUUGCCGUUUCUUUUGUCCCGGAUGUUCUGGGCUGGCACCUCAUUCCUGUCCCUGCCCAUAUCCCAUGGGAAAUCAGCUCCGAGGGCUCCCCGGUUUAUUUUUCUCGGUUUGCUGAACUCGGCUGCACAGAAUUGAGCCCAGUGCUGGGCAGAACCGACUUUGCAUCCUCAUCUUCUGAUUCCCUACGAAACUUCACCUAAACUGUGAACUCCAGCUGGGUUAAUCACCCAGAAUUUUUAAAUUCUUUUCAUCAAGACAAAGGAGCGUGUUCUGCUGUCACUGUUGCAGACACAGCCUGUGUUUCCCAAGUUGUUUUGGUUUUGCUUUUAUACAUUCCUAUUAUACUGAAAAGGGGGAUUAUUAUAGUUGCAAUUUCCAUGGAAACAAUUACCAUAAAGUAUUGAUCGACCAAGAUAGAUUAGUAAGCACAAAAGGAUAGAGGUUGUCUCUAUGGAAACAUGGACAUUUAGAGCUUUUUUUUUUUUCCCCCCUUAAGAAAAUAACUAUUGUUUCUUUCCCUUGAACAAGUUUCUAAUCCAGUUUAAAAUCUCUUUUUAGUUUUAAUUAAAAUUGCUUAUGUAAUCGAUACUGUGUUUUAGUAUCAUUCAUUUUCUUUUUAUCUCAAGAAAAUCUCUGAAAUAGACCUUUUUUUUAAAAAAAGAGGCCUUUUACAUCAUUUGCACAGCAUUUUUUCAUAUCAAAAAGCAGCUGAAAUGUAUCGCUAAUUGUUAAUGAAAAACAGGUCAACAGAAUAGGCCAUUUGCUUCUGAAAGUUAGCAUUGAGUAGGGUUUUGUGUUAACGGGCCAACAAAGGAAUAACUAACCUGUUGGUACUUUGAGAGGCGCGGGGAGCUGAGCAUUCAGGGGGGUUUUGUAGCUGGUUUUGUUAGCUGCUGGUCAUCGCGGCUCCCGCCGUCAGGUCCAGGUGAGCGGCUGUAUCCAGUUCCCAUACAAGACGGAAUUGAAAUACUUCACCCUGAGAAGCAGGUCCUCCUCGUUUUCCAGCAGAAGUUGAUCGCGUUCCUCCCGGUGGCUGCAGUGACCUGAGAUCUUCUGGUUUGGGUUGGCACCAACGUGAGUCUCCUGUCAAGUCCUGUCUUCUUUAGUAAGAGCUGAAGUUGGACUCCUCCUUCCAGUAUAAAAUGUAUAGAUACUCAUCUUGAGAAUACGCAGCGCUUGAGUAGCUGGAGAUUUUUUUAGUCACUUAUUAAAUUCCUCUAGCGAAAUGAAAUGAGAAUGGGGCCCUUCGUUGUUUUGUAAAUAGUUUUGGUGCUCAAACCUCCAAUGGCAAUAUUUAUUUCUUUCAGCAAAGAGCAGUUUCGUUAAGCUGUAUUCUGUGUAUCUUUAACUACUUGUAUUGUCUUUGUUAUAUUUUUCUGUAAGUCAGUUUUUGAUGAUGCUGGAACUGUCUGGCACUUUCUGUUGUGAAACCAUCGCUCCCGUGCAGAUUUCCCCGUCCUCUGCCUGGCGUACGGGUGCGGGUUUGGGAGCGGCUCAUCCAGGACGGCUUACCUACGCCUCUGCUCCUGACCUGGAGCUUACCGUGUAGAAAUAGGCCUUAGCACUGUGGAGAUGGGACUUGAAAAUAGGUGGCAAAGGAAGACAAAAAGGAGAACUUGUAGAGUGACCUGACAAACAAGCGAAUUAUGUCAUUUUAUUCUUUGCUGUUUACCCCCACUAAAGCAUUAUGGAAAUCUUACUCUUUUCCUUUCCCCUAUGGGGAAAGCAGCCCUGAAUGAAGAGAUCAGUGUUGCUGCUACUAAACUUGUUGGUACAAUAGUCGUACUCUCUGCUUUUUAAGAAGUGGAAUAUAAAGCAUGUUGUUUGCCUGCGUUCUCCCGUUGGUUGUUGUACGGCUGCUUAAUGCCGUGGGAGAGGUGCCUGCCGCGUCCAUGCUCUUUGCUAAUUAAAUUAGAGAGGACGGCUCUGUUUCAAUGGCUGUCUUUUGACUUGAGCAGACAUAAAACGUUCGAUGAGCAAACCCGUUCCUAGGGGAUGUCAUUUGCCUGGCCCACUGAAAGGAGAAGUGUCGGCGUGACGGGAGACGCGGCAGCGUCCUCUGAGGGACGCGUGUUUGGCUGGGUACGAAGGGAACGUGUUGUCAUUGUACUGAGUUACGUGGUCAGGGGUUCUUGUCUCAAGCCUAAUGGACGUGACGUGAAGCUAGAGCCUCAUGGGGUCGUUAAUUGAUGGCUAAUUCCCAGCAACUGUGGAGCCGUGUGCUACGCAAGCAUCGUUCUGCCUAAGCGCUCACUCAAGUUUUAGUGGUCAGAUAAUGAGAUUUAGCGUAAACUGUAUGCUAAAGUGAGAAAAUAUGGAAGUCCUUAUUCCUGUAAUGUCCUGCAGUUCUCCUGUUCCCAACUGCAAAACUGUUUCGGUCAGCCUGUCCCAGAGAAGGCGGAGGUAGAGGAGGCCGAAAGGUGGGCAAGGGCAGCUCCGUCAGCCCGGCGCUGGCGAGGUUGGUUUUGCUGGAAUUGCACCUUCUGUUAUCACUAAUUAGUACAAGUUUCUGGGAGCAGGGAUUCUCUUUACCAGUGAGUUUGUACCGCACCAGAAAAUGACGACAGCUUGCUCCACAGAUUGAACAAAACGACGACACGUUUUUAGGCUUGCCGUGCAUUAGCACAAUCCUGCAAAGGGUGCAGGGCUUGUCGUUUAUCUGUUCCACUGUGCUGCUUUCCCAUAAGUACUCCAUUCAUAAAAUGUAAGAAAAGGGGGUUACAUGUAAAGAUAGUAAUCCAAUAUAAACAUUUUUUUCUGUGUACUAAGAGCUAUAAUUUAAAAACAUCGUCAUCCUAUGCUUAUACGUAGUUGAACCUUCAUUACAAAUGAUGCAAUUAAAGGCAUAAGAUAUUUAAUUCUGUGUCCAAUUUUUUUACAAAUAGCUAAUUUCAGUAGUGCAAGUGGUUUGUGAUGUUUCUUGCCAUAAAGUAUUGCUGGAAUUUAUUUUUUCGAGUUGUUUUUUGUAUAGGUUGAUGAAUUCAACAGCCAUAUGUAAUAUUUGUGCUCUUUCAGGGGAAGUGGAGAUUUUAAGCUUCAUAAUAAAAAUGUCAGUGUAUAUAUAGCACCUUUCUUCAUGAGAAGUUCCACGUGCCAUCUAGAUGUGAAUUACUGGAAUUUCAUGGCAAUCUAAAAAUAUUUAGCAUGAAACACAGAGAAGGGGCAAAUGCAAAGAAAAAAGAGAAAUAGCCAGGCUUCUGCUGGGUAGCAAGGUUCAGCGGUGGAACAAAUGCUGUGUACGAGAGAUGUAAAAAGGGCGAGGUGUCCUUACGUUUGAAAAAUCCAGGGCUACGUUUUACUCCAAGAUGUUCACCUGACUUCUCUGUUCACUAGUCUCAGAAGAAGUAGGAUGGAGACGAUCUCUUACCCAGUGGAGAAGUGGGGAGGAGAGGAAAGGAGAGGAAAAAGGAAAGGAGAGGAGAGGAAAAAGGAAAGGAGAGGAGAGGAAAAAGGAGAAGAGAGGAAAAAGGAGAAGAGAGGAAAAAGGGAAGGAGAGGAAAAAAGGAAGGAGAGGAAAAAGGAGAAGAGAGGAAAAAGGGAAGGAGAGGAAAAAGGGAAGGAGAGGAAAAAGGAGAAGAGAGGAAAAAGGAGAAGAGAGGAAAAAGGAGAAGAGAGGAAAAAGGGAAGGAGAGGAAAAAGGAGAAGAGAGGAAAAAGGGAAAGAGAGGAAAAAGGGGAAGAGAGGAAAAAGGGGAAGAGAGGAAAAAGGGGAAGAGAGGAAAAAGGGGAAGAGAGGAAAAAGGAGAAGAGAGGAAAAAGGAGAAGAGAGGAAAAAGGAGAAGAGAGGAAAAAGGGAAGGAGAGGAAAAAGGGAAGGAGAGGAGAGCCCCAUCACACAAGACACACUGCAGCUGCCUCCUGUAUAUGUUGUGUAACCCACCGGGGCUAGACUGGGAGUGUUGCGCUGUCAGCUUCGAUGUGGAAAAUGGCCCGUCACCGGGUCGCAGCCCGCUGGACCCGCAGGCCAGCUCCUCGUCAGGACUCGUAUUGCACACGACGUUCCCGGGUCACAGCCAGCGCAGGGAGUCGUUCCUGUACAGAUCCGACAGCGACUAUGACUUAUCACCAAAGACGAUGUCCAGGAACUCUUCUCUCCCAAGUGAACAGCACGGGGAUGACCUGAUCGUCACGCCUUUCGCCCAGGUGCUGGCGAGUCUACGAAGCGUGAGGAACAACUUCACGCUCCUUACGAAUUUGCACGGCACUUCCAACAAGAGAUCUCCAGCAACGAGUCAGCCACCUGUCUCCAGAGUUAACCUGCAAGAGGAGCCCUACCAGAAGCUGGCCAUGGAGACGCUGGAGGAGCUCGACUGGUGCCUGGAUCAGCUGGAGACCAUCCAGACCUACCGCUCCGUCAGCGAGAUGGCAUCCAACAAGUUCAAGAGGAUGCUGAACCGGGAGCUGACACACCUUUCCGAGAUGAGCCGCUCCGGCAACCAGGUGUCUGAGUACAUUUCCAACACUUUCCUGGACAAGCAGAAUGAUGUGGAGAUUCCUUCUCCCACCCAGAAAGACAGAGAGAAGAAGAAAAAACAGCAGCUCAUGACACAGAUCAGUGGAGUGAAAAAAUUAAUGCAUAGUUCAAGCUUAAAUAACACCAGCAUUUCGCGAUUUGGUGUGAAAACAGAAAAGGAAGACCAUCUGGCCAAGGAACUGGAAGAUCUGAAUAAGUGGGGUCUCAACAUAUUCAACGUUGCAAGGUACUCCCACAACAGGCCGCUCACCUGCAUUAUGUACGCUAUAUUUCAGGAGCGAGAUCUACUAAAAACAUUCAAGAUCUCAUCAGACACUUUUGUAACAUACAUGAUGACGCUAGAAGACCACUACCACUCGGACGUAGCUUACCACAACAGCCUCCAUGCUGCUGAUGUUGCCCAGUCCACACAUGUUCUGCUCUCUACCCCCGCGCUGGAUGCCGUCUUCACUGAUUUGGAAAUCCUUGCUGCAAUUUUUGCAGCUGCAAUUCAUGAUGUGGAUCACCCCGGGGUCUCCAAUCAAUUUCUUAUUAAUACAAAUUCCGAACUAGCCCUGAUGUACAAUGACGAAUCCGUCUUGGAGAACCACCAUCUUGCUGUGGGUUUCAAACUACUUCAAGAGGAGCACUGUGACAUCUUCCAGAACCUGACCAAGAAACAGCGUCAGACGCUCAGGAAGAUGGUGAUCGACAUGGUAUUGGCGACAGAUAUGUCCAAGCAUAUGAGUCUGUUAGCUGAUCUGAAGACUAUGGUGGAAACUAAGAAAGUGACCAGUUCAGGAGUCCUCCUUCUGGACAACUACACAGACAGAAUACAGGUUCUCCGAAAUAUGGUACAUUGUGCGGACUUGAGUAAUCCCACAAAGUCUCUGGAGCUGUACCGGCAGUGGACGGACAGGAUCAUGGAGGAGUUCUUCCAGCAGGGAGACAAAGAGCGAGAAAGAGGAAUGGAAAUCAGUCCAAUGUGCGACAAACACACAGCGUCAGUGGAAAAAUCACAGGUGGGAUUCAUUGACUACAUCGUCCACCCGCUCUGGGAGACGUGGGCUGACCUGGUGCAGCCCGAUGCCCAGGACAUCCUGGACACGUUGGAGGACAACAGGAACUGGUACCAGAGCAUGAUACCUCAAAGCCCGUCUCCUCCGCUGGAGGAGCGGGGCAGGGACUGUCAGAGCCUGAUGGAGAAGUUCCAGUUUGAACUGACGCUGGAGGAGGAGGAUUCGGAUGGACCGGAGAAGGACAGCGAGAGCAUCGGCUACUUCAGCAAUACAAAGACGCUCUGCGUGGCCGACCCAGGGGAAGAGGAUUCACAGCGGGAGGCGAACAUAGAAAUCGUGACAGAAGAUACGUCUCCUGUCGACACAUAAUGUCCUGUACCUGUGUGAGUGGAUUUUCGACACUUAAUGAGCAUGCAAGCAGUCUGACGGACUAGCCUGCAGCCUGGGUCUGAGGCCUGUGUCUAACAUUGGCUGAAAGAUCUUCCCAGCUACUUGAGAUUGGAGUCAGGGUUAAAGAUCGUGUAGUGAAUGAAUGCUCAGGAAAUUAACAGAUGAUUUACCUUGUGGUUUAAGCCUUGUCAGCUAAGAGCAUCGUGUUGUCCUGGAGCUGGCUUGGGUCGUGACUGAAGAGUAAAUGACACACAACUGAGAGAUUUUAUACUGUUAGUUUUGGAAUUUAUACCAGUUAGACUGAUAGAAACUACUGAUUAAUAACUCUCCAUAUAAACCUGUCCACCUGACCACCUGUCUGCAGACCUGUGUGCCUUCUUUGUAAACACUUUCAUGUCUUUUCAAGAGUCUAUUAAUUAAAUACAUGGAGUUUAGUAUAAAAAGCGACACAAAGUGUUUCAAAAUUGACGGAUACUUUUUUGAUUCUUCCUGUUACAAGAAGCAGUCUUCCUUUUUUCAUGGGCAAUACCUGUCACUUUAUUGCAGUUAAUCACUUUUACAGGCUAAAUAGAAGGGAAACCCUCUGUUUUGCAUUACUGCACCUUUAAUCGUCUUCUUAAUACCCCAGGCGACCCGUUUAAAGUCACUUCAUGCCAUCGUGCACCAUCUCUGUUCGCUUGCUAGGAAUAACAGUGUUUUUUCCUCAAAGGGGUUUUAUUUUUGUCGUGCGCAGGAUAGAGGGUAGUUUGUUUCCAUGGCACAGUGCAGUACAUAAUAUAAGUAAGCGUGAUAAGGCAGCGUGAUGCGUGUUCUCCCUCGGCAGCUCCUUGGCUCAGUGGAAGUUGCACGCUCGGGUAUUUGUGUUUCUCUCGCCUAUCGUUCACGUUUCCUAGGUUUAGGUCCACCGUCCUCCUCCUGCACUGCCUUGAGCUCUAACACCUCCAUUACUGUUUAUAACAGUGUAUUUAUUAUGUAAUGUAUAUACUGUAAUGUUUUGUAAGUUAUUAAUUUAUAUGAAUUAACAUCGCCUGUCGGCGGCGGCGUUAAUUGUGUAGAAAACUCGGAAUAAGAGUUGCCUUUUUUUCUUGUAACCUUUUGUAUUGCAUAAAAUCCAAGAACCUGAACAUAGCUGAAGAGACAGACGCAACCCAGGAAGGGCAUUUGGGUAGCAGCCGCCCGCGGGGGGGUUUGGCUUCACAGCGAGCCGGGGGGAACCGAACCCCGGGGCAGCAGGCGAGCACGUGGAAGUGUUGGAAACCUGGGGGGGGAACUCCCCCCCCCCCCCCCAAAAAAAAAGAACCCCCCCCCCGUGAACGGGCCGGCUUUUAAAUGUCAUGUUCCAAUUUCUGAACAACCCAAUGUGAAUUUCUAUGACAAAAAUGUGAACUGAUGUAAUAAUUGUGCUGUGAAACUUCUGACAAAGCUUGUCCGGCAUCGUGAGCGGUGUCAAUCUCAGUUUGUAAAAUAUGUUUCAAGCUUUUGGUCCAACUUGUGACUAACUAGUUAAUGAAAAUAGCACAGUUGUGCAUGAUCAAUGGGUUUGUAUGUCUGUUGAACACUGCAUUGUUCCAGGUGGUUAUUUUAUUGUUUCCAAAAGUUUCACACAAUGUAUGUUAUAGUAUUAUAUAUUGUGUUCAGAUGCAUUCUUAAGAGAUUUUUAUAUGAAGUGAAUAAAUGAAAGCAUGACCCUG